UUGAUUUUCGUCGUUCAUUUCAUUCGUUGUUACUGUUUGAAUUUAAAAUCUAUUAUAAAUAUUUAAUAUUUAAUUAACUGGAACAUUAAACAACGAUGCCUUACAUCUGGACAUUUGCGCCUGAAUCUAAGGCGUUAUUACAGAGCUGUUUAAACGCGGCCCGCCCUCCAGACGAGUCCAAUAAAUGGUUCCAGAAGUUCGGACCACAAAACUUGGAUUUAAUCAACAAAACUAUUGAUACUAUAAUCGUAAAUGAUUCUCCAGAAAUUGACGAUAAGCCAGAAACACAAGAAAAUCAAGAUGAGGACAUUUUAAAUGCGGCACAAGAGUUUUUGGACCCAGAAAUAGACAUAAUUUCAAAGUUUUGCGACUUGGUUGAAAACUGCAAAAAAACUCCGAAAUUACUUGAGAAUCUUGCCAAAAACUUACCUACAGCUACAGCAGAGAAGUUAUUUAGACAUAUUCUGGACACCAAAGACAUGAGCAGGGACUUUCUAACAAUAUUUUACAAGUAUUUCACGCCACACUAUAUAAGACGUGAAAAUUCCCGAUUUUGUACUGAAAUUUUACUUGAAACUUACAAAAAAUAUCCUGUACACUUUAAAUUAGCCUUAAAAGUUAUAUUAAAAGACUUGGAAGUACAAAAUAAUGUUAUUAAUGACUUUAUAUUGAAUUUAGAGCCUAAAAAUCUCACUGAUUUACUUGAAUUCAUAUCCGAUCUUCAGUUGUCCUCUGAACAGUUCUGUCACAAUUUAUUUAACAUACUAACAGCGUACAAAACAUGUAUUAAGACUGAUUUAAUACAAAACUACAUAUUUAACUGUCUAAAAACCUAUUCCGAUACUUGUUCUAGUGACAAGAAUUUUGGCAAACUCAUGUUGGCAUAUUUACAAAAUGAAAAAGCUUGUAAGAAUAAAAUUGACUGUGUGUUACUCGAAGGGAUUGUGGAAAGACAUAAAUCUCCUUUUAAAAGACCUUGUUUGUCUAUUUUGAAAGAAAUUAAAGAUGGGAAUUUAUAAA